GUUGGAUGUUGUUUGUGUUCAGCGCGCUAAAUUUAAGUUAUUUGUUACAGUAACUGAAAUAGUAAUAUGAAACAUUAGAUGAUAAAAGCAACAACGAAUGCUGCGAAAAUGCAGGAAGUAAGAAUUUUAAGGUAUCAAAACUCUGAGUGUAGGUUUCACCACAUAUAAAGUUCAAGGUGGGUGUUCAUUGGUACCAAAUUUAUGAAGCUUUCGAAAGAAGAAUUAGUUCUAACUUCGGGAGCACAUCGUAGUCGUACUGGAGAAUUUGAAUCAUCUUUUGAAUUCAAACCAACUGGUCGUUUGAUUUAUUCUGAUUGGCAUUGUUCAAUAUUUUCGCUUGAUUCGGCAUCAUCAUCCUGCAUUCUGUAUGGUUUGUUACAAGAAAAAAGUUUGAACUCUUCAAUCACAUCUGCUGCGUCAAAUGACUCAUGGGUCUUUGUGAAAACGCCUGCAUGCAUACUUGCUAUUGAGAAGAAUAGCGGUACUGAAGUUUAUGGUCAUGUAUCAGGUGUAACUCAAAUAGCUUCAGAUGGUCAAAAUGUAUUUUACUUAAAAGAUGAAUUGCUUUAUCUUUUAAAGGUCAGUAAGUUGGAGGGGAUCAUCUCAGUUGACCGUCCGUUUAGUACUUCAAUAAAAAUAAGAUCGAUAUCAUGCGGUUCAGGGUUUUUAUUAUGCCUAACCUUCUCAGGACAAGUGUUUAGUCAAGGUAUAGGAAGUCGGGGCCAGUUAGGCUUAGGUGAUUUAUCUGAUCGAAUGAAACUGACUUUGAUCGAAGCUUUGCAAGUCUUGACUGUUACUCAAAUUUCUAGUGGCAAUUGGCACUCGGUGUGUUUAACUGAUACAGGUGAUGUUUAUACAUGGGGUUGGAAUGAACAUGGCCAACUUGGACACAAGUCACUUGGAAUCAGAAAUAAAUCAACGUUCAUGGAUGAGGGUGAACGACAAAGUUGUAUAUCUGUACUCGCCUUACCGACUCCGUAGAUUUUCCCGAUGAGCUAUAUAUUUCCCAGAUCGCUUGUGGAGGUCGUCAUACAGUAUGCCUUACGGAAGCUGGUGAUCUAUUUUGCUUCGGUUGGAAUGGAUAUGGCCAGUUGGGAUUGGAUUCAUCUGUAGAAGCCGUGGAUACACCGUUAAAACAUCCAUUUUUAAAAAGUCAACACAUGUCAUCAAGGAUGACUAUAUCAUCAGUUUAUUGUGGUUUAUGGUCUACAACUAUUUACCUAAAAUCAAAAGAAUAAUGUUUUUAUGUAACA